AUGAAAAAUAUAAAUAUUAUUUAUAUAUAUAAUUUAUUCCAUAUAGGUGUCUUAUUUUGUAAAAAUGAUAUAAAAUGUACAACAGUGGUCAAGAGUACCCAGGAAGGUUCUCAAAAUCUUCAAAAUCCUUCCCCUACUGCACCUGAAUCAAGAUCUCAAGUGGAUAGUUCUUCUUCAUCACCAAAUUCAAGCAUAGAGAAACAACCACAAGAACCAAAUAAAGAAAGUACCAUUGCUGGUAAUGUUGUAAGUCAAGGAACUCCUUCUAAUACGUCUAGUCAAACUUCUGAUAAUCCUUCUGGUCCAACUUCUAAAAAUCCUCCUGGUCAAACUUCUAAUGAUUCUUCUAAUUCACCCCAAGCUAGCAGCACUCCUUCAAACCCUCCUAAAUCAGUUGAUGUAAAAUCUGCUUUCUUAAAACACUACAAAGGAGUAAAGGUUACUGGUUCAUGUAAUGCCAAUUUUCAAUUAUUCCUUGUUCCACAUAUAUUCAUAAACGUUGAAACAAAAGAAAAUAACAUUCAGUUGGAUGCAAAAUUUAUGAAAUUAACUGAAAGAAUACAUUUUGAAAAAGAUAAGAGUAAGUUAAAGAAUAAGUGUGAACCUGAAAAAAAACAAACAUUUAAAUUUGUAUUAUAUCUUAAGGAGGAUGUACUAACACUUAAAUGGAAAGUAGAUGAAGAGAAACCUGCUAAUCCACUUAAACCUGAAGAAAAUACAGUAGAUAUAAGAUUAUACAAGUUACCAAAAUUAGAUCAACCAAUAACCUCAAUACAAGUACAUACUCUAGCCAUAGAAGGAAAUUCUUAUUUAAUGGAAAGUAAAGAUUAUAGCUUAGGAAAUAAUAUACCUGAAAAAUGUGACGCAAUAGCUUCAGAUUGUUUCUUGAGUGGAAAUAUUAAUAUAGAAAAAUGUUUAAAAUGUACCUUGAAAGUAAAAAAGGCAGAAGCUUCUGAUGUAUGUUACAAGUAUGUCUCAAAAGAUGAACCCAAGGAAACAAAACCAGCUAAGCCAGCAAGUGAAGUGAAGGAAGUAGAAGCUGCAUCAGAAGAUUAUUCAGAUGAUAAAGAAUAUGAACUUUCUCAAUCUAUUAACAACAUAUUAAACAAAAUGUACAAAAAACAAAGCAGUGAUGAAAAAAAUAAUAAAAAGGAAUUAAUUAAAUUAGAAGAUGCAGAUGAUAGUUUACAAGAAGAAUUAAAUAAAUAUUGUAAUUCAUUAAAAGAAGUAGAUGUUAAUGGUGUAUUAUCAAAUAAUGAAGUAGGUAAUGAAAAAGACGUAUUCAAUAAUUUAACAAUAUUAUUAAAAGAACAUAUGGAAGAAAAUGAACAUGAUGUUUUUGAAAAACUUAAAAACUCAGCAUUAUGUUUAAAAAUAUCGAUGACUGAUACUAAUGAAAAAAAAGAAUCAAAUAAUAAUACUGAAGUCAAUGAAGAUAUGUUUAAAGAAAACGAACAUGGAAUUGUUGAUUUAACCAAAUUUCCUAUAGAUACAAAUUAUUUAUCUUAUAAACACGUAGACUAUUCAUACUGUAAUAAUGAUUAUUGUAACUGGUCAAAGGAUAAAAAUAGUUGUAUAUCACAUAUAGGUAUAGAAGAUCAAAAAAAUUGUGCUUUAUCCUGGGCCUUUGCAUCUAAAUAUCAUUUAGAAACUAUUAAAUGUAUGAAAGGAUAUGAACAUACUCCAAUUUCUUCAUUAUAUAUAGCAAAUUGUAGUAAAAAUGAAAAUGAAGAUGUAUGUACUGAAGGUUCAAACCCAUUAAAAGUUUUACAAAUGAUUGAAGAAAAAGGAUUCUUACCAACAGAAGUAGAUUAUUCAUAUGAACAAAAACAAAAUAAUGAUGAACAAAAUUCUUUAAGUACUAAAGGAUAUACUUCAUAUGAAAGUGAAACAUUUAAGAAAGACAUGCAUUCAUUUGUUAAAUUAAUAAAAGAUGAAAUAAUGAAUAAAGGUUCAGUUAUUGCUUAUGUAAAAGCUGACAAAUUAAUGGGAUAUGGAUUUAAUGGAAAGAAAGUUCAAAACUUAUGUGGUGAUAAAACACCUGAUCAUGCAGUAAAUAUUAUUGGUUAUGUUGAUAUGUAUGGACCAUCAGAUUGUGAAGAUAAUUUCAUUCACAGUGUAGUAGUAUUUAAUGUUGAUUUACCUGUAAAUGAAGAAUCUGUCAAAAAAGAAGCUAAAAUAUAUAACUAUUAUUUAAAAGCUUCUCCAGAUUUUUAUCAUAACUUAUAUUUCAAAAAUUUCGAUUCACAAAUAGGUAAAACUGAUGAAGCUGAAAAUAAGAAUUCAUAUGUAUAUGGACAAGAAGAAGCAGCGUCAGAACAAGCAACAUUAUUAACAGGAUCAACAACAGCAGCAGGACCAGCAGGACCAGCAGGACCAGUAGGACCAGCAGGACCAGUAGGAUCAUCAGCAACAGAACAAGAAACACCAAAAUCAAGGGCAUCACAAGCAUCAUCAGACGUAUCAUCCCUAACAUCACCAGGACCAGAAGCAUCACCAGAAGGACCACAACCACCAACAACAGAAUCAACAAGAUCAGAAUCCCCAGCAGUAUCAUCAGAACCACCAGUUCCAGAAAAGGCACAAGCAUCAUCAGCAGCACCAGCAUCACAAGAUAAUACCCAAAGUGAUAGAUCUAAGGAAAAAGUUGAUAUAUUCCACGUUUUAAAACACAUUAAGGAUGGUAAAAUAAAGAUGGGCUUAGUUAAAUAUGACCAUUCUGAUGCUCUUGGUGAUGAUCACGUAUGUUCAAGAUCCUAUUCUUUCGGACCCAGAGAAACAAGAAGGAUGUUAAAUUUUGUAAUGAUAACUGGGAAAAAUGUAAAGAUACACCUUCUCCUGGAUUUUGUUUAA